GUUGAUCAACCGUGUGUUCACUUUGCUGAGCGGAGGCCAUACAAUUAUAUGGGAGGAGGCAGGCCAGGCAGACAGCCGUUUUUUUCCACUGGGAGCUCCAAGAGCAAAUGUUUACGGUCAGCGGUUUCCUUUUGUGGGCACGACUUAUUUCGUUCGGAAGCGAGAGCAGAGCUUGCUACCUGAGCGACGUAAACUACUACACCAAUCCAGCCUACCUGAACUCAAGGGUGCGCUGGAUAGAACAACGCCGGGAGAAGACACGCAUAAACGCAUUCCGUGAAGAUACCUUGUUCUCUGCCCUUUGAGAUGUAGAUGCGAUGACGGCUGGCUCCAGAGACAAGAGGAAGUGGCUUUUGCCUCUGUGCUCACCCGACAGAACCAGUCUUUAACACAGACAAACAACGGACACUUUUCGCCAGACGCCUUCUCCCAAGCACUGAUUUUGCUCUCCUCCCUCUUUGGGACAUCAUGGAACGCCAAGGCCCACUCCCUAUAAUCGUGGUCAUUCUAGGGGUUAUGGGUACAUGUUUGGCCAGGCUUACCCCCCGGGUCUCGUUUCCUAUGGGCACACCCGGGAGGUCUCUCAGCCACUUCGACAGCUCGGACGUCGGCAACACCACCACACUGUUGCUAAGCGACAACGGAGACACGUUGUUUGUGGGAGCGCGGGAUGCAGUGCUCUCAUUGGAUGUCAGCCAGGAGGAUGUCAUUGUGAUGAGGAGCAAGUUGGACUGGUCCCCCUCAGUGAAGGACCUGGAUGAAUGCUCCAUGAAGGGCAAGAAAAAGGCGGACUGUCCCAACUUCAUCCGGGUGCUGCAGUUCUUGAACUCCACGCACAUGUACGCCUGUGGAACCUUCGCCUUCAGCCCACGCUGCACCUACAUCAACUCUGAGAUGUUCUCCCUGGUAACAAGCCCCAGCGGAAAGCCAGAGGAGGGCAGAGGUCGCUGCCCCUAUGACCCCUACCAACGUAACUCGGCCAUCACCGUUGAUGGAGAGCUGUACACUGGAACAGUUGCGGACUACAUGGGAAACCGGCCGGUCAUCUCCCGCCACCUCAGCGAGGGCAGCCAUGUUGAUCUGAAGCUGGAUGACACUUUGGGCUGGCUGGAGGAUCCCACUUUCAUCAGCUCCAACUUCAUCCCCAGUGAGGAGAAGAUCUAUUUCUUCUUCAGCGAGGUGGGCCGGGAGUACGACUUCAUCGACAAGUUCACUGUAUCUCGCAUCGCCCAAGUCUGCACGAGUGACAUUGGGGGCCAGCGUACCCUGCAGCGACGCUGGACCACCUUUGCCAAAGCCCAGCUCCUGUGCCAGUCUGACAACGAACUGCCCUAUAACGUCAUCCAGGACAUCGUCACCCUCCCGCCACCUGAGGGCGCCCCAGUGGACGACACUCUCUUCUUCGGCAUCUUCAGCUCUCAGUGGUCAGUGAACUCAGGGCGGUCGGCAGUGUGUGCGUUUCGCCUGGGCGACAUCAAAGCAGUUUUUGCAGGCAACUACAAGGUCCUGAAUCGGGACACGCUACGGUGGAGCAUGCGGGUUCAGGAAAAGGUCGCCAACCCGGGAGAGUGUGGCCUGCACAACGCCUCGGACAACACCCUUCGCUUUGUCAAAGAGAACUUCCUUGCGGACGACAGCGUACACCCUGUGGGGCGAAGCCUGACCAUGGUGUCACCUGACCAGCGCUACAGCCACGUGGUCACCCAGCGUGUACAGGCCGCCAACGGCAAGAACUACACCGUCCUCUUCCUGCUCACAGAAUCGGGCUACCUCCACAAAGCAGUGCUGCUGGAGAAGGGUGCCCACAUCGUUGAGGAGGUCCAGGUCUUCGAGCAGCCUCAGGCCGUGAAGAACCUCCUGCUCUCAAUAGCCAAGGGUGUGGUGUUUGUGGGCUCAUCCGAAGGCGUGGUGAGGGUCCCGGCCUCCAACUGCUCCUACUACAGGAGCUGUGCAGAGUGUGUGCUGUCCCGGGAUCCUUUCUGUGGCUGGGACCCCUCUGUCAAAGUCUGUACCCACACCACCAGCAUCCAGGGCAACGUAGGCCAGGAUGUGGAUGGAGGGAAUGUGCAGGAGGCGUGUGCGUCGCCCAUGAUGCCCAGAUCCAGGUUUGGACUGCACAAAGGAAACGCAGACUCCUUUCCCCCAGGCGAGCUGGUGUUGGUGUUCCUGAAUGAGGUGGUGCGACUGCAGUGUCCAGAGGCCUCGAGCCUGGCCCACCGCCACUGGGAGCGACCCAACAGCCACCUCUCCCCGGAGCUCUACCUGCAGCUGGAGGACGGAAGCCUGCACUUCCUGGCCACGCCCACAACCCUGGGCCACUACCUGUGUCUCUCCACAGAGAACGGCUUCCAGCAGAACCUGGCCAUCUACCAGGUAAAGCAAAAGAGCAGCCCCACCACUCAGGCCACUGCCCCUGGCGUGAUGCCCACCCUCCCCCAGAGCCCAGCUCUCCCCACAACCACCCAGGCCCUCCCCCGAACCACCCAGGCCAGCUCGGGAGGAUGGCUCACCCCGCCCUUGAUGUGGCCCAAGCAGACCGAGCCGGAGCCCACCGCGCCGGCAAGUGAGACUCGGGCCACCACAAGGCGGACCAGCAGGAACUUUACCUUCUGGGUGGAGCAGUCGGAGGAGACUGAGGUGAAGUCACUGGGAGGGGACAAGCUGCAGCUGACACUGGGGCAAACCUACCUGAAGGAGCUGGUGGUGGUAUCUGUACUGCUAGCAUGCUGCGUCAGCAUCCUGCUAACCAUUGCGCUGUACGGCAUGAGGCAGCGCUGCCGCAGUAGGACGGCUCCCCAAACCAACGCCCCAGGGAGGGACUUGGAAAGGGGUGGCCGUCAGGAGCGGGAGGCCCUCCGGGGGGGUCAGUCACCGCACAGCAAAGGCAAGCGGAACGGGCAGGCGGCUCACAAUGGCCAAGCCAACGGGGUUGUGUGUAACGGCACGCCUAAGGGCUCCAACGGGCAUCUGCCCAACAUCCCUAUCUGAGCACAGUCGACCGUAUUCACACCCUAACUAUUGACAGUAUCAUAUCCACUCUUCCUGAGAGCAAUGAAGCUUUUACAUGGUCGCUCUGAGCCAUGGGAUUUUACAUCAACACGGCUAACUGCAGCACUCUGAAUUGUGUGGACUGUCAUGGCGGGGAGAAAGACUGUUUGGCCUGAUAGACUGUGGUAACUCAACUAAAAGGACACUGUUUUAUUCUGGUACGAUACCAGCCUGUGAAUCAAAUGGGCAGACUGAUAAACAUGACUCACUGCUCUUAUGUAAUAUUGUGUAUUAUAUUGUGCUGUAUAUACUUUGGAUUUGAGGAUCAAUCGACUAGUCUGUUUUUGUGUAUUUAAUGAAAGAGCCAAGAAAGCCGAUGUAUCGAAUGUACACGAAGGACUGUCUCUCUACACUGCCACCAAAAAAAACUGAAUUGGUUCCUAAACAGAUUUCUCUUCCACUAACUAUUAACUAAUGUGUCCACUCAAAUCCCAGGCCGUGUGGAAGCAUAUCGCGAAGAACACAAAAACAGCCUUUUCUGUUCGAUCAGUGUUUUUUUUUGUAGCAUCAGGUCUACAUUGCUAAACUACUUUCUUACUCUGCAGCUUCAGCGAAGGUUACGGAGCACGUUGUACGGUACAAGGCUUUUUCCUCACUCUUAUUUAUUUUUUCCCAGUUUAUUUUUGUCAUUCUAUUGAAUGUGCUGCCAAUGACUUCAAGUGUUUCCAACUUUCUUUUUCCCUCUCACCCAAACGCACAUUUUUGGGAAAUCCUGCGGUCUGUGAAGCCAUGAGAACAUGAUGUUGAUUUGACACUGUAGGCUGAUCUCUUCCAGAACAAACAAGAUUAUUCUGGUGUUUAGAGACUUUUAGUUUUGUUCAUGUGUUGUCAGUGUAUUAACUGGACAGAAAUCUGAAAAUCACUUUAAACCUGUGAAAUUGCCAAAAUUUGCAUUUUGGAUGAAAACAAACAUGUUUUUUUUGCUAGACAGCUAUUCAGAGACUGAAAACAGAUGAAAGGUGGUUCAUUUUAAGCUGCUUUAAAUGAUGAUGAUGAUGAUGAUGAGGAGGAGGAGGAAGACUAAUAGUUAAAAAAAUAUGGUACUUGUCAUUGGUACUGAUCAAACCACUUUUUCUUUUUUAAAUAAGUUGUCUUUAUUUUUAUACAAUCGUAUCUUACCGUUCUAAUGUUGCAAAUAAACAGUUCAAUUUGUGCAAAACCAAAA